AUGAUCGACAACGGGUACUCGUACGUGACGCGCGAUAAUCUGCGCUACACGGACCUCAACGAUGGCCGCUCGUACAUCCAGAUGGGCACACUCUCCUCUCCAAUGGCGACCAACCGUGGGCUGGUGGAGUACGACACCUCGGUCAGUCACCUCACGAACCAUCGCCCGUACGAGCCGGCCCCACAGACGGCCUUUGAGCGCUACGACACCGCAUAUGCGCCGCAGCGCUCCAACCUAUAUCCGUCGGCUGCGGCGGCGGCGGCUGCGUACGGCUACGGCCAGCCGUCCAUCAUUGAUGACGAACAGAAGUAUCUUACGGCCGACAGUACACCACAUCCGGAGUCUCAGCAACCCCAACCGCCCCAUCCACACCAUCACCAUCAUCAUCUCGGACUGGUAUCACCUGCGUCGGACUCGCGUCCACACCACACUAUGAUGAAGGUCGAGCUGGACGAGACGACCGGGCCAAUCUAUCCGCGCCCGAUGUACCACUACGAUCCGUCCGCCUGCGCCACGACUAUGCCACCCGGCUUUUCGGCGAUCAAUCUCAGCGUGAAGGAGAGCAGCCCUCCGCUGCCGCCGUACAAGGCCAGCUCCGGCAGUCCCUCGCCGAGCGGACGCCGGGCCGGCGAUGAGCGGGUGAAUAAGCUAGCACCCGCUAGCCCGGAACCGGAGCCAAGCCCGGUGCAACGACGCAACAGUAGCCCCCCAUCGUCGCUGGACCUGAGCUCCAACACCAGUGGAGGCACCAGUCCCCAAUUCCAGACGAACCGCCAGAGUGCGGCCCCUACCAACGGUAGCAACCCAGCCACCGCCCCUGCACCCAACAGCAACGGUAACGGCGUGUAUACGAGCGAGGUGUCGGACAACCGGGCGCCCCCAGAUGUUAACGGCAACGACUACAAUGGCGGGGCAGAGCGUCCGCUCGGUAUGGGCUUUGCCCGACCGCAGCCACCGUCUGCUCCGUACAGCCGAGAGUCAACGCCGGAUAGCGGCGGCUCCUACUACGCGGACAGCUAUCGCGAUCAAAGUGGCUAUAGUCCACAUGCCAGCUACGGGAUGGUGGUGCAACCGGACUACUCCAACGGCUAUCCGGGGUACGCUCCGAACGCCUACCAGUACAGCGGCCCGUACGCCAGCUCGCUCGGCACGACCGUCUACCCGCCGUCAGUGCCCUCAGCCUACCCGGCGAGCUCGAGCGCCAGCUUCGUGGCGCCACCGUCCCUGGGCCAGCAUAUAGCGCCGCACGAUAACCUGUUGAAGGCUGGUUCUUUCCUGUGCAGUCUCACCGGCUACCAGCGCCUGGAGCGGCCGCAGUUUCCCUCUCAAUCGCAGGAGCUGAAGUGUCCAACUCCGGGCUGCGACGGCUCGGGUCAUGCGACCGGCAACUACUCGUCCCACCGCAGCCUGUCCGGUUGUCCGCGCGCCUCGAAACCCAAGAGCAAGCCACGCGACGGUCAGGAGUCGGAACCCCUGAGAUGCCCCAUCCCGGGAUGCGACGGUUCUGGCCACUCGACGGGCAAGUUUCUCUCACACCGAAGUGCGUCCGGCUGCCCGAUCGCGUUCCGCAACAAGAUGCACAUCCUGGAGAACGGCGGCACGAUCGAGCAGGCGAAGGCGGCGAUGGCGCAGGCCGCGGCCGGCAAGUUCGAGCCGUUCACCUGCCCGACGCCGGGCUGCGACGGCAACGGGCACGUCGACGGUACCUUCAGCACGCACCGCACCGUCGCCAGCUGCCCGACGGCCCAGGGCCAGCAGGCGCCGUCCAGCAAGAAGCCGCGCUACGCCGACACCGACACCGUGCUGGGCGGGCUGGGGUCCGCCACGGCCAAAUCCUUCAACGAUCUGGCAUCGGGCUACAACCCGGGUGUCAAGAUGGCGGGCCCCGGCCCGCUGUUGGUGGGGCCACCGCACCCGGCCCUUCCGCCGCAGCCAGCGCCGGCCCCGGCCCAGUCCACGGUACUGCCUGGCCUCGGCCACCCGGGCGUCGGCGUUGGCGGCCACGGCGUCGGCUCGCAGGAGCACGCCUCACCGGCCCCGGUCGGAUCGACGCCGGCCGCCGUCGCCGCCGCCACCGACUCGUCGACCGGCGCCGGCGGCUCGGCGGACAGCGGCGCCGAAGACAUUCUCGCCCUCGACGAGGAGAUAACCGAGCUUAAGCGGGAGAAUGCCCGCGUCGAGCUGCAGAUGCUGCGGCUCAAGUCGAACAUUAACGCGAUGGAGUCGCAGCUGAACAACAACGUCGGCCACGAGCCGAAGCUGCUCGAGAUCGGGACGCGUGGUAUCACAUGA